AUGGCCGGCAGCAAGGCAUUGCUCCUCCUCCUGUGCGCGGCGGCGGCGGCUGCUAUGCUGAGUCAGGCUUCCGCGGCCGGCGACCUGACCAAGUUCAAGGUGUACUUCCACGACGUGCUAGCGGGGAAGAGCCCGACGGCGAUCCGGAUUGCGCAGGCGGCGUCCACCAACAGCUCCUCCACCUUCUUCGGCGCGGUGGUGGCCAUCGACGACCCGCUCACCACCGGCCCCGCCGUCACGGGCUCCGCCAAAUCCAAGGACGAGGUGGGCCGCGCGCAGGGGAGCUACACGUUCGCCGACCAGGCCACCUUCGGGCUCCUCAUGAACAUGAACUUCGUGUUCACCGCCGGGGACUACAAGGGCAGCAGCCUGACCAUCUACGGCCGCAACGAGGUGCUUUCGGCGGUGAGGGAGAUGAGCAUCAUUGGGGGCACGGGCAAGUUUCGCAUGGCUCGCGGCUAUGUCCAGGCGAGCACCGUGGACUCCGGCGCCAAGUCCGGCGAGACCGUCGUCGAGUACACUAUCUACGUCAAGGCUGCUGCGGCGUAG